UUAUUGAAAAACGUUAUGGGUCAGUUUAAGUGGUCGGUUGUGUUUGUAUUUGAGCUGCUGCGGUGGUUGUGGGGCUGGAUCUGAUAGGCGGCUCGGUAUCAGGGUCCAGUCUGGGGCGCUGCGGUUGGGUGCCGCUGGUUGACGUGCGGUACGUGCUCGCGGAUCCUGAGUGAAUGGACUGAUGCGGGUAUGGCUGUCCCUCUGCCGCUCGGCCCGGCAAUACAGCGCUGCUGAGCGCAUUAACCUACCGAGGAGACCCGGCGAGUCCUCGUUUAGCAGUUUCUACAUGUCCUCAUCUGGAUGCAGUUCCCCAGAAUGACCCAGCCUCGACCCAGCGAGUUUAUUCCGCCGCCGGAGUGCCCUGUGUUUGAGCCCAGUUGGGAAGAAUUCUCCGACCCGUUCGGCUUCAUCAACAAGAUCCGCUCCAUCGCAGAGAACACCGGCAUCUGUAAGAUCCGCCCGCCGCCGGGCUGGCAGCCACCAUUUGCCUGUGAUGUGGACAGACUGCACUUCACCCCUCGCAUCCAGCGUCUGAACGAGCUGGAGGCUCAGACCCGAGUCAGGCUCAACUUUCUGGACCAGAUUGCCAAGUUCUGGGAGCUGCAGGGCUGCACGCUGAAAAUCCCUCACGUGGAGCGCAAGUCUCUGGACCUCUACCAGCUCUACAAGGUGGUGUCGGAGGAGGGUGGCUUUGAACAGGUCUGUAAAGAGCGGAAAUGGACCCAGAUCUCAACGAGGCUGGGCUUUGCCCCAGGCAAGGCUGUAGGUUCUCAUCUGCGGUCCCACUACGAGAGGGUGCUGUACCCGUACUACCUGUUCCAGAUCGGGGUCAACCUUUUGACCUCACAGAAGCCCACGCUCACCAACGACACCAAAGAUAAGGAGUAUAAAUCUCAUGAUUUACCCCAGCGCCAGUCAGUUCAGCCGGCCGAGACCACCACCAUCGCCCGCAGAGCAAAGCGCACCGAGGGCCGCUGCGUCAAAACGGAGCAGGGCGAGCCGUGUGAGAACCGACCCAACCUGAGGAGAAGGAUGGGCUCUUGUGUGGCAAAAUCUGAACCAGUUCUUAACAUUCCAGUCCAGGUCAAACAGGAGCCUGUGGAGCUGGCUGUACCUGCACCACCUGAGGGAGAAAAGUCAAAGGUGGAGCAGUACAUAUGUUUGGUGUGUGGGGGUGGGGGUGAUGAGGACCGCCUGCUGCUGUGUGAUGGGUGUGAUGACAGUUACCACACCUUCUGUCUGAUCCCACCACUCCACGAUGUUCCCAAAGGGGACUGGAGAUGCCCCAAGUGCCUGGCGCAGGAGUGUGGAAAGCCUCAGGUGGCGUUCGGGUUUGAGCAGGCCUCCCGGGACUAUACCCUCCGCUCUUUUGGAGACAUGGCAGACUCCUUCAAGUCGGACUAUUUCAACAUGCCUGUUCACAUGGUUCCUACAGAGCUGGUGGAGAAGGAGUUCUGGCGUCUGGUCAGCACCAUAGAGGAAGACGUGACUGUAGAGUAUGGGGCAGAUAUUGCGUCCAAGGACUUUGGAAGUGGUUUCCCUGUUAAAAACGGCUCCUUCAAGGUCACACCUGAUGAAGAGCAUUAUGUCACAAGCGGCUGGAACCUGAACAACAUGCCAGUGCUGGACUCGUCGGUGCUGACUCAUAUUACAGCCGACAUAUGUGGCAUGAAGCUGCCCUGGCUCUAUGUUGGCAUGUGCUUCUCCUCAUUCUGCUGGCACAUUGAGGAUCACUGGAGCUACUCCAUCAACUAUCUGCACUGGGGCGAGCCGAAGACGUGGUACGGUGCCCCCGGCUACGCUGCGGAGCAAUUGGAGAUGGUAAUGAAGAAACUGGCUCCCGAGCUCUUUGAGUCCCAGCCAGAUCUGCUCCACCAGCUGGUCACCAUCAUGAACCCCAAUCUCCUAAUGGAGCAUGGCGUCCCGAUCUACCGUACUAAUCAGUGUGCGGGAGAGUUCGUCAUCACCUUCCCCCGAGCCUAUCACAGCGGCUUCAACCAGGGCUUUAACUUCGCAGAGGCAGUGAACUUCUGCACAGUGGACUGGAUGUCUCUGGGCCGGCAGUGUGUGGCGCAUUACCGCUCCCUGAACAGAUACUGCGUCUUCUCCCAUGAUGAGAUGGUGUGUAACAUCGCAGCCAAAGCAGACAACCUGGAUCUUGUGCUGGCGUGCGCCAUCCAGAAGGACAUGAGCGCCAUGAUGGAGGAGGAGAAGGAGCUGCGGGAGAGGGCCUACAAGCUGGGGGUGUGGCAUUCCCAGCAGGUGGAUUAUGAGGAGCUGCCAGACGAGGAGCGGCAGUGUAUAAAGUGCAGGACCACCUGUUUCCUGUCUGCAAUCACCUGCCCCUGCAGCCCCACCCAGCUGGUCUGUCUGCACCACCUGCAGGACCUGUGCUCCUGCGCCUGCAGCAACUACACACUGAAUUAUAAAUACACACUGGGCUUGUUAAACCAGAUGUUUAAGUCUGUGGCGGGGCGUGCUGUGUCGUAUGAUGACUGGGCUUCUAAGGUUAACAAGAUGUUAAAACCUGAGCGGGAGAAAAACGAUGUGGAAGAUCUCCGGGCGCUAAUGGUGGAGGCGGAGAAGAAGAUGUACCCUGAAAUGGACCUGCUGCGGCAUUUACGGCAGAUCAUCCAGGAGGCAGAGAAGAGUGCGGCGAUGGCCCAGCAGCUCCUUAACGGCAAAAGGCAGACCCGGUAUCGGACCGGAGGAGGGAAGUCUCAGAAUCAGCUUACUGUGGAGGAGCUGAGGUCAUUCAUACAGCAGCUCUAUGAUCUGCCUUGCACCAUCCGACAGGUUCCCUUCCUUAAGGCUCUGCUGACCCGUAUUGAGGAGUUUCAGGCGCGUAGUGCUGAUCUCCUGGCGGAGGACAUGCCCGGCUCGUCUGCGCUCCAGGGCUUGGUGGACGAGGGCGCCGGGCUGGACGUGGAGUUGCCUGAGCUGGCGGUGCUCAGGCAGAGGCUGGAGCAAGCCCGGUGGGUGGAGGCGGUGCAGCAGGCCGGCGAGCAGCCGGCCAGCCUCAGCCUGGACUGCAUGCGGAGGCUGAUCGACCAGGGCGUCGGGCUGUCGGCCCACGCCUGCGUGGAGCGCACCAUGGCCCGGCUGCAGGAGCUGCUCACCGUCUGCGAGCACUGGGAGGAGAAGGCCCACAACAUGCUCACGGCCAGGCCUCGCUGUAGUCUGGACAGUCUGGAGACGGCCCUGCAGGAGGUAAACAGUAUUCACGCUUACCUUCCCAACUGCCUUCAGCUCAAAGACUCGGUUAGCAGGGCUCGAGAGUGGAUACGAGAAGCUGAUGCACUUCAGUUUGGAGGACGUGUCCCUGUUCUUGCAUCCUUGUCUGACCUGGUCUCAAAAGCUAAGGGCAUCCCAGUCCUUCUGGAGCCCCUGGCCCGGCUGGAGAGCCUGGUUUCGGAGGUGCAAGCCUGGAAGGAAAGUGCAGCUAAAACGUUUUUGUUGAAGAACUCGUCCCUUUCGCUCCUGGAGGUCCUGUGCCCGAGGUGUGAGACGGGUUGUCCGAAAUCGAGAUCUAAACGAGUGAAGGAAGUCUCGCCGACAGGGAAGAAGCCUGUAAAACUGGAGUGUCUAAGUGAUGUGGAACGAGCUCUGUGUGAGAGUAAAGACACGGCCUCUGCGAUGGCGACUCUUGGUGAGGUUCAUCAGAAGGAGCUGGAGAGCCUGUCUAUCCUGAGGACCACGAACGAGACGAAAUUUCAUCCCACGCCCAACAGCUCGGCACCUACGGUGUGCUUGUGCCACACGGUGCCCGCUGGCCCCAUGCUCCAGUGUGAACUUUGCCGCGAUUCUUACCACAGCGGAUGCGUGCCGGGCUUCCAGGAGACGCAGGCUGACCAGCCGUGGCUGUGCCCGCUCUGCAGUCGGUCCGAGAAGCCCCCCUUGGACAAGGUGCUGCCCCUGCUAGCUUCGUUGCAGCGGAUCAGAGUCCGGCUCCCAGAGGGUGAUGCGCUGCGCUACGUAAUCGAGAGGACGGUGCGGUGGCAACACAAAGUGCAGCAAGUCUCACCUUUUACGCAGCAGUAUAGUGGAAAGAUGAGAGCUUCCUCUGGAAUAGCGUCAACCCUGAGCCUGGAAGGGAGUAGUGGAUCCUUCUACAUGCAGCACUCCUGUAUUCCUCUCAGCGUUCUGAGUCCAGAGCUGGAGGAGCUGCUGGUGGAAGGCCUCCUGCUGCAGGUUACUCUUCCCGAGCUCCAGCAGCUCUAUCAGGGCCUGCUCAGCCGGUUCUCCCCCUUCCAUCACCUCCUGCAGAGCAGUGAGCACGACCAUCAGUACCACAUCGCCCAGGACAGGAGUCCCCUUCACAGAAGCCCACCACACAAGAGCCCACUCAACAGAAGCCCACCCCAUAAGAGCCCGAGCCACAGAAGCCCACCCCACAAGAGUCCAGCUUCUACAAGUCCACCUCAUCAAAGCCCUCCCCACAGGAGCCCUCCCCACAGGAGCCCUCCCCACCGGAGCCCUCCCCACAAGAGCCCCACACAUAAAAGCCCACCCCACAGUAAAGGACAGGAUGUAGUUUUCGAGUUGCGGAAGGAAAGUGAGAAGCCAGAGAAGCAUCCUAAGAGGCGUCUGGAGAAGGAGAACCCUGAUGUGCAAGACAGAGACAAGAUCAAAAAGCCCAAGAAAAAGAAGCCCAAGACUAACAAGGAGAGGAGACGUGAGGAGAAACGAACCAUCUCCCCAUCCAAUUCCCUCUCAGAUCCAUCCUACUCCGACGAUUCUGAAGAGGACUGGUCCGUGUGCUCAGCAAAGCGGUGUCUGCAGCCAGAGGGCAACGAGGUAAACUGGGUCCAGUGUGAUGGCAGUUGUAACCAGUGGUUUCACCAAGUGUGUGUGGGUGUGUCUGCUGAGCAGGCCGAAAACGAGGACUACAUCUGCGUCAACUGCUCGAGAAAAAAACUGACACAAUGAGGACCAAAACUGAAAGGCUUUGUGGAGUCUAAUGACUUUUGAGUUUUGCACAUGAGUUAUAGCACCAAGUAUGCACCACGUCCGCUCCCCUGCCCUCAGAUGUCCCGGCCCAUCCUCCCUGUUGCUCCGGUGCUACUUUCUUCUCGAUAGGACUGUUAUCCCAAACCAUUAAAGACCCUUGUCGCCUUUUUUCUGGUAUUUUUACAUUUCCUCCUAUAAACUUUCUUUCUCUUGUCUAGAAGACAGACAUGAUACAGAGAUGUACCUCAGGGGUCUCCAUCCCAUAAAUACCUUCCUGGUAGAGGGACAUCAGCUUUCCCCCACUCCCCAGUCAAAAAAAAAAAAAAAAAAAAAAAAUAUUGGAUUGUGUUUUUCCAGAAGCCACGUCACCUUCUAACACAUGAAGUAAUCAGAAGACUAGGCUUUGGGGAUUUUUUUUUUCUUUUUUUUUUUUAUAUAAAUAACCCCUCCACCAAAUUGUAUUAAUUGGACUAAACAAAAUGGUCUGAAUUUAUUUUUGGAACCCUGUUUUGGUACAUGUAUCUAAUAAUGUUAUUUAUUUAUCCCAGCCUUGCUUAAGCUGGUUUGCCCUGGUUUUCAUUAGCUUGAGAUCUGCUCUGAUCUGUAGCUUCUUGCGUUAGAGAUGGUUGUACAGAAUCCUGAUGUAGGUCGUCCGAGUGAUGUAGCAGACAGGAGAAGUGUGUGAACUAUACUUUGUGACUUUUGCUGUUUCUUACUUUAAAAAGAAACGAUAUCAGAUGUUAAUUAAACUGUGGAAUAAAAUGGGAUGUUCUCACUGAUAAUACACAAACACCAUCA